AAAAUAAAUCGGCUCUAGUUAGAUGGUUUUUUUAAAGCGAUUCUACUUCAAAUUUUUAGUGUUACUUUUGGUCCACAGUGGGGUCGCGACGGACUUUGCCAACAAUGCCUGCUACGAUGUUAACUCUUACUACUUUUCCGCCUUUAACAGUGAUUGUUACUACAACCCUGACAUUUCGCCCGAUAAUAAUCUCAUAACUAUAUCGAGUCGACAUGGAUAUGACACCGAGACGUUUGAUUUAAGAACAGACGAUGGAUAUCACUUGGAAUUGUACAGAAUGUCGUCAUGUAAAGUAUCACGACAGAAAACAAAAGCUCCGGUCUUUUUUUUGUAUGGAUUAUUAUGUAACGUGGAAUUUUGGGUGUGCACUGGAAACAAAUCUUUUGCUUUCAAUUUCGUAGACAAAGGUUAUGAUGUGUGGGUUGGAACCUUAAGAGGAAGUAAGGAUACUAAUAGACACGACGUCUUGACAGUUGAAGAUUCCGAAUACUGGAAUUAUAACUUGGAUACUUUGGCUAAUGAGGAUCUGAGAAUUCAACUCGAAUUCGUUGCUACAAUAACUGACCAAAAAGUAUUUGUUGUGGGAUAUUCCAUGGGUACUACUUUAACUUUCAUGUUCGCCUCGGAACAUUCUGACCGAGCUAGCCAAUUAAUCAAGGGUUUCAUCGCAUUAGCACCAGUGGUUUAUCUAGACGACGUAGAAUACACAAAGUCUGCAAUACCUUGGGGUUUUCCAUUAAUCCAAAUUUUGAAAGCUUGCAAUAUCAAAGGUCUUUUCUUUUACGAAACAAUAAUCCACGCCAUUGACAAAUACCUUUGUAAACUAGCACCACUAAUAUGUUACAAUAUUCUAACUAUAUCCUCUGGACCAACCAAGCAGCUUGCUCCUGAAAAUUUGUUUGUUUUUCUCAGUUAUUGGCCGAGCGGAGCGUCAAUCUAUCAGUUUGAACAGUAUCUGCAAUUCACAAAAGACGGAAAGUUCCAAAAAUUUGACUACGGCGCAGACGAAAAUACCGAAAUUUAUGGUACCGAAAAUCCGCCUGUCUACGAUUUGGGGAAAGUUCGAUUUCCAGUGGGUCUGUUUUACGGAAAGCAAGACGUCUUGUAUUUGGAAAAGAACAACCAACGAUUGCUUAAUGAACUGGGUAGUCGUGAGAAGUUGGCAGUGUCUGUUCCCAGCAAUGCAGGCGAAGAAUUUGACUUUGCCCACAUCGAUUUCCUUUGGUCAAAACAUAUAGCGGAGUUUCUGUUUAACGACAUUUUUAAAACAUUGGACUUGUUUACUAAGAGUAACUAACCCAACAAUGCUUUUUUAUCAGAACAAUAGUUGUAAUAAAAAAAAUUGACAAACCAUCUAUUAUU